AUGCCCGAAGUACAGCAGGCAGAGGCCCAGCCGGCGGCCCAGAGCUUCCUCAAGACGGCGGCGCAGAGCAUUGGCAUGUUCCUGCUCAUCCAGGGCGGCAUGAAGUACUUUCUCAAGGCCCCCGUCCCUGCCGCCUCCACGCCCGGCCAGCCGCACACAGCGGCCCCCGGCGGCGGUGGCGCUGCCGUCUCAAUCCCCGCGUGGGAGAACCGCCCGCCCCAGCUCGACGAGGGCGCCGAGUACAGCAGCGUGCCCUGGAACAUCGCGCCCAUGUGGCAGCUUGGUCAGGAGCUUGACAUCGCCAUGUACAUCUCGCCCUCGGUCGCCAUGCCCGCGCUCAAGGCUAUGCCCAAGGACUCGCUGCUCAUUGACGAGAAGAAGUUUGUCUACGGCGACUACAAGCAGAACCGGGAGGUUCACGUCGAGUUUUCGGUGCCUACUGAGGUCCAGCACAACGCCUCGCUGCUCGCCCAUUUCUAUGUGGGCAAGAGCGGCGCCGUGCUCGAUCCGACCCAGCCUGGCUACGAUCCCUCGGCCGCUUACUACUUCAUCCGCCCCCUGACCCAGCACCAGCCCAAGAAAAAGAUCUCCAAGACCAGGAACCUGCUCAGCGACAUGCCCGAGAAGGACGCUGUCGAGACCGAGGCGGAGAAGCAGGCCGGCAAGGUCAUUGGCAACUACUACCACCCCAACUUCACCAUCUCCAUGAUCCCCGACUCGGGCGUGCUCAGCUACCCACAGAUGCAGCCCGGCCCUAGGAAGUUCGUGCAGCUUGAGGCUACAGGCCAGCGCGACGCCACCGGUCAGCACGGGUGGUACUACCCCAUCCUCUACACCAACACCUUCUGGCAGCUCAAGAAGCACAUGAUUGAGCUCAACGACACCGUCAAGACGCUGCCCUUGAACGUCAACCUGAACAACUUGGCCAACUGGAAGUUCAACUUGUUCGCCUCGGUGGACGAGAACCUGCGCUCGACGGCCGCUGCUGCCGCUGCCGGUCAGUCUACUCCUGGUGGUGGUGACGGAUCAGAGAUGGAGAUGUUCAAGGAGAUCCUCAUCGACAGCAACUCGUACCUGCUGGCCAUCACGGCCGUUGUCUCCGUGUUCCACAUGAUCUUCGAGAUGCUUGCCUUCAAGAACGACGUCCAGCAUUGGCGCAAGAAGAAGGACAACGUCGGUACCUCGGUCCGCACCAUCGUCGCCAACGUCUUCAUGCAGACUGUCAUCUUCCUGUACCUCCUCGACAAUAACGAGAACACCUCCUGGAUGAUUUUGUUCGGUCAGGGCAUGGGCAUCGCCAUCGAAGCCUGGAAGAUCACCAAGACAGCCAACAUCCGCGUGCGCGCCACCGCCCCUGGCUCUCUCAUCCCCUACACCAUCGUCCUCGAGGACAAGCACGUCGCGUCUGAGAUUGAGAAGAAGACGGAAGAGUACGAUCAGAUCGCGUUCAAAUACCUCUACAUGGUCGCCGUCCCGUUGCUCAUCGCCUACGCCAUCUACUCGCUCAUGUACGACACCCACAAGAGCUGGUACUCCUUCAUCAUCACCACGCUUGUCGGGUCCGUCUACGCCUACGGCUUCCUCAUGAUGGUGCCCAGCCUGUACAUCAACUACCGCCUCCAGUCGGUCGCGCACAUGCCCGGCCGCGCCAUGACGUACAAGUUUCUCAACACCUUCAUCGACGACCUGUUCGCCUUCACCAUCAAGAUGCCCACCCUGCACCGCCUCGCCACCCUGCGCGACGACGUCAUCUUCUUUGUCUACCUGUUCCAGACCUGGAAGUACAAGAUCGACUACACGCGCGUCAACGAGUUCGGACAGGGCGGCGACGACGAGGAGGUCGAGGAGAAGGACGCCAAUCGCCCGCUGCAGGCGCAUCCCGAUGGCGACAAGAGCCUGAAGACGCCCCGGGCGGUCGAGAAGGUCGAGCAGAAGGAGACGGCCACGGCGACGGGUGCGCAGAAGCAGAGCGCGAAGAAACGGAAGUGA